AUCUGUGAUUUUUGUUACGCAUUUUUCGAGGCAGACGCAUUUUUUCAUUUUUAUCGGCUUUUGAUUUCCAAUACCGUUCUAGAAUUCUUUACUUCACUCGCUACUACAUCCUACCACACUGCAAACCAUGCAGGAAGACUUAGAAGUGACAGGGGUGUCGCGCAGCGGGAGGGUCCGCAAGAAGAGCUCCAAGCUCAUGGACUUCGAGUCCCCUGACGACAUUGAGGCGAGGUACCGAAGACAGCCACUGGUGAAGAGCUAUGGCCAGUUCAGAGCUGCUGAGGAGCAGGAGAUGGCUGAUACUGCGGCGGCGCAGGGCUCCCGGUCGGCUGAUGAUGGAGCGGGGACGGCGUCUGGCAGCGAGUCAGAUUAUUAUGAGAAUAACGGGGAGAAUGCUGAUAGCAUGGAGUCGGACAGCUCGGAGGAUGAGUUCAACGCAGCCACGCGUACACCGGCCAACUCACUGUACAUGAUGGAGAAGAGCUCCAAGAAGAAGCUCAUCGUGAAGGAUGGGAAGGUGGUUGGCCGAGCCAAGGCUCAGAGGAAGGAUAAAGGAAAGACCCGCAUCACGGCAUACAUGAUGUGGGCGAAGGAGGCCCGCAACGACCUGCUACGGAAGCACCCCGACAUGGACUUCUCUGCCAUCAGCAAGAGACUCGGGGAGAUGUGGGCUAAUGUGAACUACAACGAGCGGUACCUGUGGAAGCGCAAGGCGAAGCGGUUCGCGAUGCAGAAGGAGCAGAGCCUCGCCGCCGCCGCCGCCAAGCUCAUCUACAACUCCAAGCCAGCCCCGCGCCAGUACGGCAGCGUGGGACGCCCCCCAGCGCGCCCGAAGCCCGCCUCGCCCACCACGCCGCCCUCGCAGGCGCUUGUGCCGGUGUCCUCAGCGGGCGCGUCGGCGGCGGCGGCGCGCGCGCAGGGCUGCGGCGCGGCCGAGGUGGCAGCUCAUUUGAGACUGUUGGGAGAGAGUCUCGCAAUCAUCGGGGAGAGAUUGAAGGAACAUGAGGGUCAGAUAGCGGUAUCGGGCUCCGUCUCAGUCCUUCUAGACACGCUGCUGUGUGCGCUGGCGCCGCUGCUGGCCAUCACGCGCGCGCUGCCCGCCGUCGCGCCGCCGCCGCCGCUCGCUGCUGACACGCUGCAUAAUAUCGCCUAUAUUAUGCCGGGGUUAUAAGGAGAGAAGAGGAAAGUAGAGGA